AUGGUCACCUUUCAGAUGACACUGGUCGCACCACCACCGCAACAGUGUCCAUCAAUGCCGUCACCGACGUCACUACCGAACGGUGUCGCUCCGUCACCCCCGCCACCGUGUUCAGGUUGUAUCAAGCUACAUGCGGACAUUAAACAGAACAUGCAGCAAAUGAUGGACAAAUUCGAUUUGAUUUAUAUGCGAUUAGAAAGUCUAAUGAACGAAAAGGAGAAGGAUCGGCUGAUCGUUCAAGAUCAGGAGAUGAGUGAAAGCGGUAGCGAUGAUAAGGAUGUUCCAUCACCGGCUAACAGUCGUGCGUCACCAAACAUCACACAAGGUAGCCGCAAACGAAAACCAAACAAGGACACCGUACACCGGGUAUCAGACGACGCCCAUAUGAGCGUUGUGAACUCAUCAUCGGUUUGCGAAGCACCGGCUGUAUCGGCUGCACCGUCGACACCCGUCUCGACAUCGUCGUCCGGUUUCGCGGAGAGUAUGAACUUUCUCGGCAGCCAAAUGAUGGAUCCGUUGGCCCAGCAACAACAACUACUUCACUUCAUCAUGCAGCAAUCAUUAGGUGCAGCUCACUCAGUGCAAACGUCCCAGCCCCAACAGCAACAGCAACAACCUCCACCACAACCGACGUCGAUCACGUCGAUGACCACCACCACAUCGGGUGGUGGUGCCCAAGUGAAAUCCGAGCCACCCGAUCACUUCAAUCCGCUUAUGGAGCACUUACAGCAUCAGUUCAAGGAGAAAUUCGAGGAUGAAGAUCCGAACGCGUCAGUGUCACGUUGCAGUAAUUGUAUGACGACAAAGACGACGGCAUGGCGGCGGGACAUGGCCGGCAAACUCGUUUGUAACGCGUGUGGCCUCUACUUUAGACUUCAUCGGGUGAGAAUUUCCUCCUUCAGAGUGUGUAUAUGA